AUGGAAGAGGCGUGGAAAGCCCUUGAACGCUUCGCUCAAUCCGAACAGCAGCGUAUAUGGAUACGACAAGAGCUGUUACGCAAUCCACCCAUACCUCCAGUAGACCCGUUCUCGUGGCUGCUUUGGCGGAGCAAGAUCGCCGAGGGCAUACACCCGGACGAGGCUUGGGCGUGGGUACUGGCGCAGAACUCGGGAUCCGAAGGCGAGCAACAGCCUGACGUGGCAUCGGUAGAGACGGAGAGCGUGACGAUGGUGGGCGAUGUAGAGAUGGCAGAAGAGCAGGGGGUGAAGGAGGAGGUCAAAGUCGAGGGGACACCCGAUAAUGAUCUACAACCCAAAGUGGAGGCGAAGCCGUGGGUUGCCGCACACCAAGAUGGCUUGUCCAAUGUGAAAACGGAGGAUAUCAAGCCCAGGGUGGAGACUGUACCUCCAAUCGAGAUACCGCACAAAUAUGUGCAGAUGAAUGAUAUCCUUCCGUUACCAUCUACUUUACCGUACGAUGAUGCCGAGGACGCGAUGGGCUCGCCGGAGGAAUCUGGCUCGUACGCCUCAUCCGCUGCGGAUACAUCUACGCUCCAGGACGUGUAUAUGCAGUCCGCGGGUAUCAAACCGGCAUUACCGGAAGGGCUGGUCGAUGGCCCGCCCCUGGUGCUCAUGGCUAUGGGCACCGCGGAUCGGCCAUAUGACAUUGCAUCCCCGCAAAUCGACCACACUAUGGCUCAGAUCGACCCCCCAUCUCGUCCGACCACUCAACCCGCCCAGGGCUCGCGCUCCGGAACGCCAAGCGGGGCGACACCCGCCAUCCCAGCUGACCCGACCCGGGCUCGCUCGACCACUCGCUCCCCGCCAAGAGCGGCUCCCCCUUCGCAGCCCGCCUCCUCCUCCACCUCGAAGCCAGCCGUCGAGGAAACCAUCACAAUGGACACGCUUCGCCCGCUUCUCACCAAGGAACGCCUACGCCAUCCAAAUGAAAAGCCCGGCAAGAUCUGGAAAUUCCUACGCCGCCAGGCCAACGGCAAUGAUCCGAGGUUCAAGCCUAACCCGGCCGAGCUGCGCGAGAUCCUCGCUGCUAUUCGCGAGCAUGCGCCACACUCGUACAAGCAGGAGAUGGCGGACAAGUGGGAAUACUCGGAGCAGAUUGGGAGGUGGUUGAAGAGCAUGGCGCAAGAUCCGGAAACGUGGGAGGUCGCAAUCGUGCCUAUGAUGAUUCUUCUCUCCGAGACCGAUAUGGCUGUAAACGUCAUCCUGGAAUGCAAGAUUGCUCGAGCACUCCAGGUGAUAGCGAACAAGGCAGCGGAAAAGGACCGACAACUCAGCAAGAAGUCUAAUAUUGCCUCCGCGUUCAAGCGAUACCAGGACCACUUCAAAAACAAGAUUCAACCCUUGAACCGGAAGAUACCACCUCGAGCAGUCGAAGCGGAGGAUGAGCCACUAAAGAAGCGGAAAGCAGGCGAGAUGGGCGAGGAUGUCAAACCGAAAAUCACCUCCACCGGAAAUGCAGUCGCUGGUCCCAGCCGGCUCGCCAUCCCGUCCACCUCGAAAGCUCUGGCGAAACCAGCCCCAUCUCCAGUCGAUAUCAAACCCUCAAUAGAACCCGUCACAAAGCGCCCAAGAGCAGCCCUACCACCCAUCAAAAAGCGGGAUCCCGCCGAGUCCGGCAACCCCGCUGCGCCCUCCCCUUCCACACCCACUGCUCCCCCGCAGCUAUCCCUGCUUGCUGCCGCCAUGGCUCGUGCUCGCCAAGCCCAGCCAGCAGCAGGGACGUCCGGUAUUGCGGAAGCUGCCCCGCCUGAAUCCCGUCCAGACGCCAAGGUCAAGCUCAACAAGAAAGGUCAUCAUGUUCGGUUCAGCGAUACUGUGCCCCAAGCUCGGCCGUUGGUCGAAGAGCGGCGAUUCACACAGGAUCCAUGGGAGCAAGAACCUGCACCCUGGCAGGUCAACGGGGAUGGAUCGGAGGUUCACAUAUCCGCUGCGGACAUGACGCAGAAUGAAGGAAUGACCUUGAAGCAGGACGCGGUGAACCACAAGGAGGACGAGGAGCAGGAAGAAGAGGAGCUCAUUGCAUGGUAUGAGCCAGACUCCUACAACACGGCACCAUUACUCGAGCCGACGGAAGAGACACUCGUGCAAGAAGCUCGCGAGCGCGGUAUUCUCGCCGCGCCGGGCGGUGGUAAUGCCGAUGAGUCUUCGGUCCAGAUCGUCCCUCCCACACCCUUCCGGACAUUCGAACUACACUCUAGUAUGAACGUCGCUCCUCCUCCAGUCGGCGGUGACAUCUCGCAACUCCUCACCAGCCUCGCUCCUGCUCUCGGCAAUCUCGGCAAUCUCGGCGUACUGUCCAAUCUCGGCGGACCCAGUAAUCACUUUGGCGCACCACCUCCGCCUGGCCAGAACUUUUACAAUCAGGCGCCGGCAUCAUACCCUCCACCCCAGCCACACGGUGGGCAUGGCCAAUACAAUGCGCCCAGAGAGGAACUACGGCGGGGCACUGCCUGUGUGGCAAGGAGAACCAGACCGGCCACAGGGGGGGAAUGA